GCGCAAGCGUAUGCGGAGCACUCCCCCCGCCCCCCCCCGCCUUCCCGUGCACGCAGUCGGAGUCUGUAACUCUCGCGAGAGAAGCGAGAUUUAUUCCUACGUACCGGGCCGUGCUGCUUAUGGCGGCGCUGGAGAGGGGGCGCUGAGCUGUUGGGUAUGAAGUGUAACAGAACAGACUUUACCACCUGAAACUGCUGCUUCAAGUUCAGAUCAGGCAAGGAACAAACCUCGUAACAACCAGCAAGACCAAAGAAGAGUACACUUAAGUUGAAGACACAACACUUGAUCUGAAACAAGAAGUUUGUGCCUACUCAACAGCUUUGAAAGAGCACUUCCCAACGCUGCUAGUAGUCUUUGUUUUCUUCAGUGCUGUACUGUGAGAUUGCCCGGUGCAGCAGCAGUUGUAUUCUUUAUUAGCUUGGUAGACCAUUUUCUCUCGCUUUUUUUUUUUUUUUUUUUAAUACUAGCAACUUUCACCCUUUGAAACUUGUGCUGAAAAAGAAGAAUCAGCUAAUACUACUGAAAGUGCAAUAUUUGAUUAUCACUGCGAGCUAUUUGAGAUGGAGAAUGCAUUUACUCUGACUUCAGAGCCUCAUCCCCCUCCUGCAGCCCCUCCUUCACUUUCUUUAUCUUUAUCUUCAACUUCUACCUCAUCUGGGACUAAAAAACAAAAGAAGACCCCCACGUAUCAGAGAUCUAUGAGCUUUGAUCCAAACCUUCUCCACAACAAUGGACAUAAUGGGUACCCCAAUGGUACUUCAGCAGCACUUCGUGAAACUGGGGUUAUUGAAAAACUGUUAACCUCUUACGGAUUUAUUCAGUGUUCAGAACGUCAAGCUAGACUUUUCUUCCACUGUUCACAAUAUAAUGGCAACCUGCAGGACUUAAAAGUAGGAGAUGAUGUUGAAUUCGAAGUAUCAUCUGACCGGCGGACUGGGAAACCAAUUGCUAUUAAACUAGUGAAGAUAAAACCAGAAAUCCACCCUGAAGAACGAAUAAAUGGACAAGUUGUGUGCGCUGUUCCUCACAACUUAGAGAGUAAAUCUCCAGCUGCCCCCGGUCAGAGUCCAACAGGGAGUGUAUGCUACGAACGUAAUGGGGAAGUGUUUUACCUGACUUACACCCCUGAAGAUGUUGAAGGGAAUGUUCAGCUGGAAACAGGAGAUAAAAUAAACUUUGUAAUUGAUAACAAUAAACAUACUGGUGCUGUAAGUGCUCGUAACAUUAUGCUGUUGAAAAAGAAACAAGCCCGCUGUCAGGGGGUAGUUUGUGCCAUGAAGGAGGCAUUUGGCUUUAUUGAAAGAGGUGAUGUUGUAAAAGAGAUAUUCUUCCACUACAGUGAGUUUAAAGGUGACCUGGAAACCUUGCAGCCUGGAGAUGAUGUGGAAUUCACAAUCAAGGACAGAAAUGGUAAAGAAGUUGCAACAGAUGUCAGAUUAUUGCCUCAAGGAACAGUCAUUUUUGAAGAUAUCAGCAUUGAACAUUUUGAAGGAACUGUAACCAAAGUUAUCCCAAAAGUACCCAGUAAAAACCAGAAUGACCCACUGCCAGGACGAAUCAAAGUUGAUUUUGUGAUUCCUAAAGAACUUCCAUUUGGAGAUAAAGAUACAAAAUCCAAGGUGACCCUGCUUGAAGGUGACCACGUUAGGUUUAAUAUUUCAACAGACAGACGGGACAAGUUAGAACGAGCAACCAAUAUAGAAGUUCUAUCAAAUACAUUUCAGUUCACUAAUGAAGCUAGAGAAAUGGGUGUAAUCGCUGCCAUGAGAGAUGGGUUUGGUUUCAUCAAGUGUGUGGAUCGGGAUGCUCGUAUGUUCUUCCACUUCAGUGAAAUUCUGGAUGGGAACCAACUUCAUAUUGCAGAUGAAGUAGAAUUUACUGUGGUUCCUGAUAUGCUCUCUGCCCAAAGAAAUCAUGCUAUUAGGAUUAAAAAACUUCCCAAGGGCACGGUGUCAUUCCAUUCUCAUUCAGAGCAUCGUUUUCUGGGCACUGUAGAAAAAGAAGCCACUUUUUCCAAUCCUAAAACCACUAGCCCCAAUAAAGCCAAGGAGAAGGAGGCUGAGGAUGGCAUUAUUGUUUAUGAUGAUUGUGGAGUGAAACUAACAAUUGCUUUUCAAGCUAAGGAUGUGGAAGGAUCUACUUCUCCUCAGAUAGGAGAUAAGGUUGAAUUUAGUAUUAGUGACAAACAGAGGCCUGGGCAGCAGAUUGCAACUUGUGUACGACUUUUGGGUCGUAAUUCCAACUCCAAGAGACUCUUGGGUUAUGUGGCAACUCUGAAAGUUAAUUUUGGAUUUAUUGAAACAGCCAAUCAUGAUAAAGAGAUCUUUUUCCAUUACAGUGAAUUCUCUGGUGAUGUUGAUAGCCUGGAACUGGGGGACAUGGUUGAAUACAGUUUGUCCAAAGGCAAAGGCAACAAAGUCAGUGCUGAAAAAGUAAACAAAACUCACUCAGUGAAUGGUAUUACUGAGGAAGCUGAUCCCACCAUCUACUCUGGUAAAGUUAUUCGCCCUCUGAGAAGUGUUGAUCCAACACAGACUGAGUAUCAAGGAAUGAUUGAGAUUGUGGAAGAGGGGGAUAUGAAAGGUGAGGUGUAUCCAUUUGGCAUAGUUGGGAUGGCCAACAAAGGGGAUUGCCUACAGAAAGGGGAGAGUGUUAAGUUCCAGUUGUGUGUCCUGGGCCAAAAUGCACAGACUAUGGCCUACAAUAUCACACCCCUGCGUAGGGCCACAGUGGAGUGUGUGAAAGAUCAGUUUGGCUUCAUUAACUAUGAAGUAGGAGAUAGCAAGAAGCUCUUUUUCCAUGUGAAAGAAGUUCAGGAUGGCAUUGAGCUACAGGCAGGAGACGAGGUGGAGUUCUCAGUGAUUCUUAACCAGCGCACUGGCAAGUGCAGUGCCUGUAAUGUUUGGCGAGUCUGCGAGGGCCCCAAGGCUGUUGCAGCCCCCCGACCUGAUCGACUGGUCAAUCGCUUGAAGAAUAUCACCCUGGAUGAUGCCAGUGCUCCUCGCCUAAUGGUUCUUCGUCAGCCAAGGGGACCAGAUAACUCAAUGGGAUUUGGUGCAGAAAGAAAGAUACGUCAGGCUGGUGUCAUUGACUAACCACGUCCACAAAGCACAUCCUUAAUCCACUAUGAUCAAGCUGGGGGGAUUCUGGUGAAGGGUUCUGAAUAUCUCCCUCUUCAUCCCUCCCAAAAUCUGGAAAACUUAUUCUAUUGAGCUAUUACACCAGUUUUAACACCUUCCUCGUGUUAUGUUUAAAAAAAUAAAUAAAUUUAAGAAACCAUUUUAAAAUUAUGCACAGUUGCAGCCUGGAGAACUUAAGGUGGCGCCUUAUAGUAUCACUUUAGGAGCUUUAUUUGGUGCAUUUAACGCAACUGGUAAUUGCAAAAUCCACUUCGCCUGUAUAAAUGAAACAUAGACUGUUACCUUGUUGGCCCUAUGAAAUUCUGCACUUGAUGAUUUAGUAUAUACUCUACCUUCAUUACUCCUGGCAAGAUGUUCUGCCUUUGAAGUCAGUUGCAUUCUUCUCCUUUUCUUUCCUGUUCAUUAUGCUUUAAUUCUGAGGACCAUAGGAGGGUAGAAUAUAUUACAUUUUUAAAAUUACAAAAAUUUGUAUAGGCAAACCAUUUUAAGUUGAUGGCCAAAUGUUAAAAUGUUAUUUUUCAUAUCAUUUAUAAUCUUGUCACAAUAUACUUAACAAAGUUUGGGUAGAUUUCAGUGGUAAUUAUCUCCCCAGAGUAGGUCCCCCCACCCCCGGGGAUGGGGGUUAAUAACUUUACAAUUAGUAUGUAGGGUGCAGAAUUUCAGGCAAAUGAAGUGUGCCAGGAGUGUAAUAAUUUAAUCGUAUUUAAAAGAAAAAAAGACGAAUGCACAAAUUUGUUGCUGCUUAGAUCACUGCAGCUUCUAGGACCCAAUUUCUUUUACUGAUUAAAAAACAAAACAAAAAAAAUAAAAAAAGUUGUGCCUGAAAUGAAUCUUGUUUUUUUUGUAAGUAACCGCCUGGUUCCUGUGUCCUGUUAAAUACAGGCACCUGACCCUUGGUGUAGCUUCUGUUCAACUUUAUAUCACGGGAAUGGAUUGGUCUGAUUCCUUGGCCUUUAUCUUGAAUUGGCUAUAUACAGGGUCCAUAGCCAAUGGACAGAAGGCUGUUUUGAGAUGACGAGGGUCAGCUCAGGGGAUGUGGGGGAGGGCGCGUUUAUCUUCCCCGUUGUUUGAGGUUUUGAACUCUGGAUAAAAGAGGCCAUUUAUCUUUGUAAACACGAAACAUUUUUGCUUUCUCCAAUUUUAUGUUACUGGCGAAAGAAUGGAAGCGAAUAAAGUUUUACUGAUUUUUGAGACACUA